GAAGUUCAGUUUUUUCCUCCCACUUGACAGAAAGAGUAAAACUGAACGCGGAAGUUUGGAUUUGGUUCAGCAGCAGAGAAACAAAGCAGCGAGUCACUGAGCUGGAAACUUUAUUUUCCUGCGGACUGGAAGAAAAGUGAAGGCUCUGUCAUGGCCUCUGAAGUUUACUCCUCGACGACGACUCCGAACCCCAAAUCCUCGUGGUGCUUGGUUCCAUCAGAGCAUCUGGACAAAAUCCGCUUUCUGCUCAAAAUCACUGAAGUGCUCUUGUCCUUCGUGGCCUUCAUCCUGGAGGAGGUGGUCAGCAGCUGUGCCAGCUGCACCGCCCUCUACUUCUUUGAGUUUGUCAGCUGCACGGCCUUCCUCUUCACCCUGCUGCUCCUCAUCCUCCUCUCCACCACCCUGCACACCAGGGUCGGCAUCACCUGUUGGCCCAAGCUGGACUUCCUGUACACCGCCGGCAUCGCCCUGUUGUUCCUCAUCUCCUCUAUCGUUUUCGCCGCAGGGAACAACGGCUCCACACUGGAGAGGAGUGCUGUGGUGUUUGGUUUCCUGGCGAUGGUGGUGUUUGUCGUGGACCUCUUCUGGUUCUAUAAGACCCGUGGGUUUCCUUGGCAGAGAGGCGGGAAGCCAGAGUCCAGCAACGGUGGCCCCGCGGUGGUGAACUCUCCACCGGAGACGGAGAAACUCAACAGCGUAACAGAAUAAGUCUGUCUUCAUGUUCAUACACAUGAAGACAGACUUAUUACACAUGCACAUGUACGCUGUGCUCAGAGGUCAGAGAUUAUUUUACACACUAUUCCUUUAAGGACAGGAGGCUGAGCUUCAGCGACAGGUGGCUCACCUGAGGCCCAUUUCUAAAGUAUUUUUUAAAUCCUGUUUUUAUUCAUUGUUCAUCACAGCUGAGGACACUCUGUGCUGCAGUAAUCAGUGUGAUCAAUCUUCCAAUAAUUAAUCAAGCACAGUGCAGAGAGUCCAUCAGUGUGCAGCGUUUUAAUACCAGCAGGUGUGUCCUGUCUUUGAUGGAUGUUUUUCCCUGAUUUUUUUUAAAGACUUAAAAACAUUUUUAAGGAAGAACAGACACUAAAACCAUCAAACCACUAAAUAUUCUGCUGGAAAGUUUAUUUUUUAAGAUUUUAAACAUUACUAUCAAUUAGAGCUGGACAAUCUAUAGAUCAGUCUUUUUGUGAUUGUGUUUUUUUCAAUAUCAUGAAAUUUCUUAAUGCAUUUUGUUUAAAUCAAUAACAAAAAUCAAAUACUGUCAUAAAACUCCUGCUAAGAUUGAAAAUCAAUACAUCCAAAUUUAUCAGACCGUAAAAAAUAUCUCAAAUGAAAAGUGAUCUUUAAUACGGAGGAGAAGUCGUCUGGUUGUGCUGAUUGAUUUUCUCAGCUGUGGCCGCGAACGCCUCGUGAAGAUUCAGAUUUAGACCCAGAAGAUUUUACUGCUCUCCACAAAGAAAAUGUGCCUGUGUCUGACAUGAAAACGGUUUUAAAAGCAGUUUCAGUACAAACAUUUUGACGUCCCCGACUGAACAGCUGUGAUGUUGUUUGACUGUCUUAAUAUUCUGGUUGAAGACGGUCAGCAGGGGAAACAGUCUCUUCUUUUUCACAUCAUUUCUUGUCGCAGCUGUUUAACCUUUCUGUUUGAUGCUCGCUGCCUUCAGGCUGAUGCUCAGCUCAGUUUACUGUUUAAUCGUUGUUCCAUCUAAAAACAGUGGACAAAUCUGUUUGUUAAUCCAUCACUUUAAAGGAAAAACUCACAGAAAAGUUUUUCUUCCUGCGGAUGAGUGACUAUGAUGCGGCGUCUUUCUGCAACUUCCUUCUAAAAACUCUCUUGUUUGUAAAAACCAGCCUUUUAUCAGAGACAGGUCUUUAUUUCUAACUCCACCUGCCUCAUACAUACAUUCCUAAAAGCUUCAGUGUGGGUUUUUUAUGUCGUUCUAUAUCACUUUUUUUUUUCAGUAAACUCUUUUCACUUUAAUGGUUGGUCUCCACCAGACUCUGCUUUCAGUUCCUCUGAUUUUAACACUCGUUUUAAUAACUUUUUAUUUUUCAGUGUUUUAUGAAGGAAAUUAUGUUGUUGAGUAUGAAUAACCAUCAGCUGUUCAUUAAUGUCUGGAUUUGACAGAUUUUACAUUUUGCUGGUUUUUGUAUUUUUUUCCUCAUAUCAGUCUGAAGUUUAUUUUCAUUUUUACUGCCACUGCCCUUAAACAUUUUGAGGAUUUCUUCAUCUGAGAUUGAUUUAUGAUUCAUGAGGUAAUUACUGACUCACAAUAUUUGAAUUAUUCAAAGUGAAGGUCAGGAUUUUGUUCACUUAAAUGAAGGAACAGAAAGAAAAAUUGGUCUGAAUUAUCCAGAAGAUCAGGUUUGAGCUGAGGCUCACAUUGUGCUGCAGCAGUAGCAGGUUAUUUGGAUGUUUUUGUUUAAUACAGACAACACAAAACUUUUUUGAUGCUGAAAAAGGUGCCAUUUUAUGUUUCUUUGUGGUUUUACGGUAGUUGUUUUGUAUCUCUGUGGCCGUUCAUUCAUCCAUGCAGAUAUUCCUGUAAUAUUUUGGGCUUAAUGACCAACAACAACUAGAGGAGUUAAAACUCUGACUUAUGCCUCGAAGCACAAAGAGUCACGUUAAUACUUUUAAAAAUAAUUUUUUAAAAUUUAUAUUUUGACGUUUAUGCCCAGAAAAUGAAGUGGACUGCACGUUAGAAGCAGAUACAACAAACUAAUUGUUCUUUGUACAUGUAUGAAUUUUCCAAAUGUUAAGUGUUUUUUUCUUUACAUUCCUUUGUUAAGUGGUCACGUUUCUUCCUUUUCUCGGUUUUUCAGUGUAAAAAAAUCUUUUAACAAUGUCAAAACUAACUUAGAAAUCAGCGAGUUUUAAAAACGUUUAAAAACGUUUUUUUUUCUGCUGAUGUUGAUUCUGUUGUACAAAGUAAAGACAGACAGAAACAGAAGAUGUGAAUUAAACUGCCCAUAAUUAACCAAGCAGACGCAUUGUGACAUACGCAGGUUACGAGUUGUUCGGGUGAAAAAAGGCGUAAAAUAAUUUGUAAAACCUAUAAAAAUCAUGACACCUGACACAGAUUGAAACCACAGAAAACAUCAGGAGGUUUAAUUUAGCUCUGGACCAGGAAUUACUGAGCGGGAAUCUUAUUAAAAAUAUUUACUGAUUCGUGUCAGUCAGAUAAUCCAGAAAUCAGUUUUUAUAUUGACACUGACUCAUGUUCAGGACAGUUUAUUUUGGAGUUAAAAAGGAUUUUAAAUUAAUCAGUUUUAACAGAUACAUUUCCAUGAUACUCUCCUGCUCUGUGUUUAUAUCUGUUUUAUAUGGCCACGGUAUAUUCUCUGAUGUAAUAAACAGAUUUUCAAGAAAUAAA